CCUUCUCUCCUCAGUCCAACCAACACCCCACUCCUACCGCCAUGUCUUGCUGCUGUGCUCCCCGCUGCUGCUGCAGUGUCCCCACCGGCCCGGCCACCACCAUCUGCUCCUCCGACAAGUGUUGCCGCUGCGGCGUCUGCCUGCCCAGCACCUGCCCUCACGAGAUCAGCCUCCUCCAGCCCACCUGCUGUGACACCUGCCCCCCACCCUGCUGCGAGCCCGACACCUAUGUGGCCAGCUGCUGGCUGCUCAACUCUUCCUACCCCACCCCCGGAAUGAACGGGAUCAACCUGACCACCUACGUGCAGCCCGGCUGCCAGAGUCCCUGUGAGCCCUGCUGCUAGGCGUCCUGACCGCAGGCGCUGAGUGUGGCGGCCAAGGCCCUGUGCGCCCAGCCUUCUGUGUGCUGCUGCCUGCUUCCAGCUAAAUCCAUCCCGGUCCCCAGGGCCAUGUUUCCAUGACCGUGGCCAACCUGGUCCUCCUGUCCUGCUGUGGGUGGAGUGGGAGCACUUCUUUCUGUCUUUCAAGUGAUUUCACUGCUCUUUGGUAAAGAGCCGCUCUGACUAUUCAUUAAUAAACUUCAU